GAGAGCGCAGAACUGAUUGCUAUGCCGACAUUCGCGGACACAACUUCACCACUCUACAGCAGGAUCAGGGAUAGGGAUGGUCUUUGCCAGUUUAUCAGGGCACGAAAAACAAGCCUUUUUCAGCCUCCUCGACGAAUACUUUGAGGCGCGUCCUGAACUCCUCUCAGGCGCAGGAGGUGGGAGCGGCAUCAGCACAGGAGCAGCUGCUUCUGCUGUCAGCCAUGCGCUGUCGUCCAACCCUUCGAUAGCGGCUCCGAGGGCUACACCCUUUGCAGCAGCCGCGUCCAACCCUCAACUCGCCAGUUCCAUCGGGAAAGUCGCCGCGGCGUCUCGUAACUUCGGCAACAAUGCAAGCAGUGCUAGCGAAAGCGCCAUGUCGCCGCCCCCCGUCCUGCCCCGGCGUGCGUCCAGCACGAGCGUCAACAGCACAUCGCUCGGAUCUACGCCCGCCGAACGGGCAUCGCCAUCGCCCUCGGCGGGGACGCCAGGUGCAGAGAUAGACAAGCUUUACACGCGCAAGGCCAGUCUCUUCGGCAAGAACAAAACUCCUUCAGUGGCAGUGACCAUCCCGCCCGCGUUCAAUGCGCCCAAAAGCAACUUCGGGCCUCCCCCCAUGCGUCGCAACACCUCCACCACUAGCGCCGACGUCUCGCCAUCCCCAGCGCCGCCGCCUUCGCUCCCGCGGCGAACACCGAGCGUGCAGCCAGAGUCGGACCCGGAGCCACAGGAAGAAGAGGCUCAGGGUGACUGGGCAGAGGCGCUGUACGACUACGAGAGCACGGACGCAGGCGAUCUCCCGAUCCGGGAGGGGCAGAACAUCUGGGUGACUGAGAAAUCUUCGGAGGAUUGGUGGACAGGGCAGAUAGAGGGAAAGGGCAAGGAGGGGCUGUUCCCAGCAUCUUAUGUCAAGGUUAUGUAGAGCCUUUCGAGAAUUUUGGACUCAUCAGAACGUCCAAUUACGCACUUGAUUGCUUACACCGAUAUCUCCCUGUAUAUUCUCACAUCGUACUAGCAAUGGAGCCAUCAGCCAGAUUUUCUCAACGG